AACAAAGUUGUGGAGCGGGGCAAUAAUGCUUCUUCCGCCGCGUGCGUCUCAAGGGCAAAAAGCUACGGCGCCAAAUGAAGACUGCUCGCUAACACCUUCUGUCUCUUUUGGCAAAGCCUCGUCGCUGCCGCCGCCGCUGCUGCUAUGCAAACCUCCCUCCCUCUCUUUGCGCGUGCCCUUUUCUGAUUUUCAAGAGGAUUUUCUAUAAGAUGCGCCUGCUGGCGGAGGAAGGUGACGUGCUCCGCGGGAGCGACGGCAUGGAGACUCUGUGACCGAGCUUGGAGCAGGAAUAUGCGGCACUGUCGCCCUCCCUCCCUCCCUCCCUGUCAUGCGGUGGAUAUCUACAUGAGCAGCAUCCUCCGGUUCCUUUUAUUUCGUUCCUGGAGGAUUCGAACAUCCGUCCGGAGGGAAGAAAGCACGUCACGGAUCCGCUUCGUGUGAUCCGGCGGACGGCAGCUUUCAAGUAAAGUUUGCACAAGUCCUCCUUGUAAUAAUCACCAUUUUGAAGCGGUCAUGGAGCGUGUCAUUGACAGGCGGAUAACGUGAGAGUUUGAUGGCCGUUUCAACUUGGGACGAAGAUGCCACCCUGGAGCGGAGACUGGCGAGUGAAAGCCGGGAUUGAGCGUCUUUGAUCGGUCACGGAGGACACGGAGACAUCUUUGGAUUGGUCCAAAAAUAUAUAUAUAUAUAUAUUAUUUUACGUGGCCCUUGGACUCCUGCGCACAAUGGGGAUUAUGCUCCAAGUUAUUCUAGGAAUGUUUCAAUUCCUGCUGCUCACCAGAAUCCCCACAUCCCAUGCCAAGCUGGCUCAUUGGCGGCCCACGGACCCGUCCAAAUCCAGAGAAGUGCGACGGUGGCUGGAGGUGUACUCACAGAGCAGCUGUGAGCCUCGAGAAACCUUGGUGGAGGUUUGGAAGGAGUUGCCGGGGGAGACGCAUCACCUUUUUGUGCCCUCCUGCGUGGCGGUGAGGAGAUGUGGAGGCUGCUGCGCGGACGAGGCAAUGGAGUGCGUUCCCUCGCUCACACACACGGUCACGAUGGAGCUGAUGAGGACUUCCUUCAUGAGGCAUGAGCUCACCGAGUUGUCCUUUGUGGAGCACAGCCAGUGUGAGUGCCGAGUAAAAGCACAGUUCCAGCCAACGCCAACUACAAGGCCCAAUCACACGCCAACGAGAGUCAAGAAAAAGAGGAGGGGAAAGAAGACAGUUGCAGCCGCCAGAACUGCAACCCCAAUCCUCACACCUCCCCCCACCAGCUCCCUUUCACUGUCCACGCGGCCCUCCUGUCGACCCUGCAGAGGGAGGAAGUGGGUGCUGGAUGCAGUGUCUUGUCGGUGUCUCUGCACCAUCGCUGCUGAGAGCUGCCACAGGAAAGACAGGAGGUUCAACCCUCACCGCUGCAGGUGUGACGCCGUGAGGACUUGACGACCUCCGCCUCCUCCCCGACCACCCAAAACCCACCAAAAGGAAGUAUUAGCGGACGCGCACAGCACACCACCCGUAGUCGCUUUGUCGUCAAGCCACCAGUGUAGCAACGUAGAGCUAGAACAUGUGUGUAUGUUUGUGUGGUCUCACAUGUACAGUACGCACAUGCACAGCCGUGGGAGGCAAGCGGUGGUGACUUGUCAUUUAUGGAUAAACAUUCCCAAUGGAGCCUGGACUCUGGCAGUGGGACAAUCUAUAGAAGCGCACCGUACAGUGAUGACAUGGCUUCAGGUUCACGUCAAGGCCAGUGCUUGUGUGUGUGUGUGUGUGUGUGUGUGUGUGUGUGUGCGUGUGCGGAGGAUUUAAAUGAGAUAAAAGGUGCAAACACACUCAGACAUGCCAGACGGGACAUAGGAUAUGCACAUGGAAUGGCAUGUGGACCUGUAUAAGCACUGCUGAAUGUACGUAUCUGUGUGGUCCGGGGGCUCUGAAAGACCCAGAUGGGUUAUCCUCGGCGCCCUUCUCCCCUCAUUCAGAGCGCAUGAGCGGCAUUUGUUUAAUUUGGGCCCUUUUGUCUCCAUCUUUCCUCUGCUCGCCCAUUGAAAGCGGUCGCUCGCACAGCCUCUCUUUUGGGCAGUGAGAAGAAUGACAAUAAUGAGGUCUGGCGUCUGUCCACUGCUUUGCGCCCACACACACACACACACACACACACACACACACACACACACACACUUAAAGCAGCAGGAACACACACAACACACUAAAGCAAUGUGAAAUGAGCAGGUAGCCAUACGUUCUUUUUUACGUCAACCUUUUUUAUAUAUUACCGCAGAUUGUUUGUGAACUAUAAGCCUCACUUUGAUAUAUUUUAUUAUGAUUGCGUCGCGGAAUGUCUCUUUGUUUUGUGUAAUCCGUCUGCAUAAAGCGCCACACGGCGGGUGGCCCAAAUGUAUUGAAUUUAAAGGCCAUAUAUAUUAUAAUGUGUGCAGCCAUUCCCACUGCAGUCAAAGGAAAAAGUGCUUGGUUAUUUUGUUUUGGAUCGGGACGGAAUCAGCCGCUUGAACCGCCGUGAGCUGACACGGAGCUCGCAGAAAGGAUGAGGCCUCAGUCGGCGUGACGAGCGAGAGCCAGAGUGGCGUUGACGUGACGGCCCACAAGAAGCAUAAUGGCGCAGGUCAGGGAGUUAAAACCUCUUUUCUUUCUCUCUUAUUGCAAGCGUGUCAUGUGCUCCAUUUUACCAGUCACAUUUUGUCCCUGUGGUAUACACGGGAGCGCUGAAAGCCCCAUGAUUCAGUGCAACGCCCCCCUCACACACACACACACACACACACACACACACCACCCAGGGUUCAAGAACAGUCUGCUAAUAAACGCUGAACGCCUCCAGCAAAGACGCGCUCCGAAAAAAUAGCAUAUUUAUGACGUAGUCAGCGUUACGCUUCAUCACUACCUCUCUAUUGUACCACACUCAUCAAUUACUGCAUUGUUCCAUCUACACACAAUAGUAACACACAAAUAGUCCCACUGCAAACCCCAGCCUUUUAAUACGAGACAGUCCUCCUCCCAGAAAAAGCAGGGGUGUCCUGCACCUGUUUUUUUUAUUGGCCCGCCGCAAAGUCUAAAAAUAUAAUUAAACAAGAAAACAAAAAAAAACAAAACAGAAACCAACAGCAGCAAAAACAAAAAACUCUGCAGUAAUUUUACAAGAAUUAAGUCGAAACAUGAGGAUGAAAAUGGUGCAAUGUAGCGCAAAGAAAGAAGGAAUAAUGUCAUUUUAGUUGUUGAAAUAUUAAAAUCAUAAUAUGAGAAAUAAACUAAAUUGUCAACUUUUAGUGGAAAAAGUUAUAAUGUUACAAGAAUAAAGUCAAAAUAUUGCGAGAAAAAAAUGUACAAGAGGAAAGUUGAAACUGCUGAGAAUUUUAUUUUUGUUUAACCCGGCAGAAAAGGACAAAACAGCUGUAAUUUUCCAAGAAUAAAGUCAAAAUAUGAAGACAACAAUGGUGCAGUCGAACGCAAAAAAGCAAUUGUAAACUUUGGGGCAAAAUUGGGUUGCAGAAAAAGUUCUGUCACGAGAAUGAAGUCAAAACAUGACAGGAAGAAUGUCAGAAAGUUUACAAGAUGAAAUUUGAAAUAAAAAAACCUACAGAAAUGGAAAAAACUGCUGUAAUUUUACAAGAAUGAAGUUUAAAUAUGACGACCAAAAUGGUGCAAUCUAAUGCAAAACAGUCGUCAUUUGACAGGAAUAAUAUGAUAACGUUAUGACACAAAUAAUGUCAUUUCAGCAGCAAGAUGAAAUAUUAAAGUCCUAAAAUAAGAAAAAAUUAAAGUUGUCAACGUUUUGGGAAAAUGAAUUUGCUGAAAAGGUUACAAGAAUAAAGUCAAAAUAUUACAGGAAGAAAGUCAUAUUACGAGAAGAAAAUGUACAAGAGAAAGUUGAAAAAAACAAAAAACGGCUGUAAUUGUGCAACAAUAAAGGUUGUAAAACAAAUGGUAUUCUAAGAAAAAAACUCAUAUUACGACAGAAAAGGUUCAAUCUAAUGCAAAAUAAGCGACAAUUUUACGACAGUUACGUCGUGAGGACAAAUAACACCAUUUUAGUAGCCUGAAGUUGAAAUAUUUAGGAAAAACAUUUUUUUUCUUAAAUAAAUACGUAAACGCCCCUUGUUUGAACGCUUACACCUUGCACAACAACGUCAUUCCUCACGGGUUCACGCACAGACACACACACACACACACACACACACACACAGAACUAUUGCGUUUUGUACUGGGAAUGUUUUUGUGAUGACCGUACCCAGACUGCACUUUUGCUUGGGUUGUAAAGCACACACAGUGCGGCGCACUUACGCGUAUUCUUGCAGAAAAUGGACGCGUGGGAAAAACAUUCCGCCUGAAAGAGAUCAGGCGCUGAGCUCAUCUUGCUUCGAAGUGUCACUUGUGUGUUCGGAGCAAGAAAUGCAGCUGGACGUGCAGCGUCAGCACAGCACCUCUUUGAGACUGACAGCUUGGGACAUCAUAUUCUGCCUGUGCUAACGUCUGUAAUUGAACGUGAACGUGCUUUGUAUCUGCACACUGUAACAAUAGAUCAGUCCCGUGUCCUAGUGGCUCCUUAGGGUUAGGGUUAGGGUAAGGGUUAGGCUAACCUAACCAUCCUUGUUAACCCUUCCUACCCUAACCCUAACCUCCUAAUCUCCUAACCUCCUAACCCCAACCCUAAGUAUACGACCUUUAUAACCUCUAAUAUCCUGUCUAUGACAUUCCUUAGACUUGUACGUGUUGUCUCUUUUUUGCUGCUACACCAUUUGUGCCCUUUAAGGCCGUCUUUGCAGGUUUAUGUUGCAUCAGUAGAGCGCAUAAAUGCCACUUCAACACGUCAAACAGUGUACCGCGUCAAAUGUAUGGGAAGUGAUCCGUGCCCGGUGUUACAGAUGUUAUUAAAGCUCUUAUUUUUCAUACAAA